UAGAUAAGUCUUCUUUGCUAUACUUUCCUCAUUUGAAACAUUUUCCAUAUCUUAUUCUCUCCACUAUCUUCAAAGGUUCCCCUAGAAACUUCUGAAGAAUAUGGCUGGCAUAGCAUUUGGAAGGUUUGAUGAUUCUUUUAGCUUUGGGUCAAUUAAGGCCUAUAUUGCUGAGUUCAUCUCAACUUUGCUCUUUGUUUUUGCUGGUGUUGGUUCAGCCAUAGCCUAUGGUAAGUUGACAUCAGAUGCAGCACUUGAUCCAGCUGGUUUACUAGCGGUUGCUGUUUGCCACGGUUUUGCAUUGUUUGUUGCUGUUUCAGUUGGUGCAAACAUUUCUGGUGGUCAUGUUAACCCUGCUGUCACUUUUGGAUUGGCUGUUGGUGGACAGAUCACCAUCAUCACUGGUAUCUUCUACUGGAUUGCUCAGCUUCUUGGUUCCAUAGUUGCAUGUUAUCUUCUUCAGUUUGUCACUGGAGGCUUGGAAACUCCAAUCCACAGUGUGGCAGCUGAAGUAGGACCAAUUGGAGGAGUUGUUACUGAAAUAAUCAUAACAUUUGGUUUGGUAUACACAGUUUAUGCCACAGCAGCUGACCCAAAGAAAGGUGCAAUAGGCACAAUUGCACCCAUUGCAAUUGGUUUCAUUGUUGGUGCAAACAUAUUGGCAGCAGGCCCAUUCUCUGGUGGAUCAAUGAACCCAGCAAGAUCUUUUGGGCCUGCAGUUGUUAGUGGUAAUUUCCAUGACAACUGGAUCUAUUGGGCUGGGCCUCUUAUUGGUGGUGGUUUGGCUGGGCUUGUCUAUGGCAAUUUGUUCAUCCACUCUGAACAUGCUCCUCUUUCUAGUGAUUUUUGAUUUUAUUUAAAUUAUUGGUAAUGUUUUAUGUUAUGUAUGAGAUGUUGUUAUGUGAUUCAUGUUUGUUUUUAGUUUGAUUGUAAAGGUGUAAGAGUAAAUCAUUGUUUGGUAUGAAUUCAAGAGAUUGGUGAUGUCUA